CCCUCUCUCUCUUUCUCUUUCUUUUUCUCUCUCCUCUCUCCUCUCUCUAGCUAUGUGUAUCAUGAUGAGGACCCUGUCAGAGAGUAGAGAGAGCUAUCAGAAGAGGAUAGUGCAGAGAAAACACAGAUUUUUCCAGCCAUAUCAUACCUUAUUAUUUCACCUUUUUCUCUCUGCCACCCGAUUCAUCAAAUCCCCAUGAGACCCCCUUAUAAACCACCCCUCAACUCCAAUCCAAAACCACACCCACCAUAGUGAAAAAUAAAAAUACUAUUAAGUUAACAACCCAAGUUAUUCACUAUUUUGCUUCUGUUCCUUCCCUUCCCCAUGCCAUGACUAACAUUUCCUAUAUAUAAUCAAACCCAUCAUGAAGCAUUAGUAUCCAAUAUUUCCCUUCUGGUUUUUCACCUUUCUAAAUAGCUCUCACCUUUACUGCCCUUCUUCCCUCUCUCCCAUGGACUCCUACCACCACUUGGACCACACUGAAGCUCACCUGCCACCUGGUUUCAGGUUCCACCCUACUGAUGAGGAACUCAUAACGUACUACCUUCUCAAGAAGGUUCUUGAUAGUACCUUCACUGGGAGAGCCAUAGCUGAAGUUGACCUUAACAAGAGUGAACCAUGGGAGCUCCCAGACAAAGCUAAGAUGGGUGAGAAGGAGUGGUACUUCUUCAGCCUACGUGAUAGGAAGUACCCAACUGGGUUGAGAACCAAUAGGGCUACUGAAGCUGGUUACUGGAAAGCCACUGGGAAAGAUAGAGAGAUUUAUAGCUCCAAAACUUGUUCUUUGGUGGGGAUGAAGAAAACCUUGGUUUUCUACCGUGGUAGAGCUCCAAAGGGGGAGAAAAGCAACUGGGUCAUGCAUGAGUAUCGCCUUGAGGGAAAAUUUGCUUACCAUUAUCUUUCUCGAAACUCGAAGGACGAGUGGGUCAUAUCACGUGUGUUUCAGAAGAGUAAUACAAGCAAUGGAGGCUCCACCAUGUCUGCUACUAGUGGCUCCAAGAAAACAAGAAUGAACAGCGCCACCUCUCUCUGCCAUGAACCAAGUUCACCCUCCUCUGUGUACCUUCCACCACUUCUAGAUUCUUCCCCCUACACGACCACCACCACAACAACCUUCAACGACCGUCACAACUGUUCCUACGACAGCACCACCCCAAAGGAGCACGUGUCCUGUUUCUCCACAAUAGCUGCAGCAACUGCUGCCGCUGUCACUGCCAACAACAACUUCACAAGUGCAAGCUUCGAUCUCCCUCCUCAGCCUUUUGCUACGGACCCUUUUGCUCGUUUCCCCAGGAACGUUGGUGUAAAUGCCUUCCCAAGUUUGAGGUCACUGCAAGACAACCUUCAGUUGCCUUUCCUCUUCUCCCCGGCGGCGCAGCCCUUUUCCGGCGCCGGCGCCGGUGAAUUUCUCGGCUGGCCUAUGCCGGAGGACCAAAAGCUGGUUGAAGGUGGCCCUAACAUAGCACUAGGGGCGUCGGAGCUUGAUUGCAUGUGGGGUUACUGAGUUUUCUCAUGUUGACUUUGUUAAGAGUUGACUACUAGUGUUUAUUGUCACGUUUUACUAGGGUUUUAUUAUUAUGCCAUGUUAUGUUGUGUUUUGCUUUUAUCAUGGGGCUUGAACUUUA